UGCGUGGCCGCCUCCGCGCAGGGCCGCGCGAGCGCCGGCGGCGGCGGCGGUUGCGCAGUGUGGCCACAUCCGGGCGCCGGGGCAGGAUGAAUGCUCCUUUCCAAGAUGGCGGCGGAGGGAGGAGGGAAGGAGAUGAACGAGAUUAAGACCCAGUUCACCACCCGGGAGGGGCUGUACAAGCUGCUGAGCCACUCGGAGUACAGCCGGCCCAACCGGGUGCCCUUCAACUCUCAGGGCUCCAACCCGGUGCGCGUUUCCUUCGUCAACGUCAACGACCAGAGCGGCAACGGGGACCGGCUCUGCUUCAAUGUGGGCCGGGAGCUCUACUUCUACAUCUACAAGGGGGUCCGCAAGGCUGCGGACUUGAGUAAACCAAUAGACAAAAGGAUAUACAAAGGAACACAACCUACAUGCCAUGACUUCAAUCACUUAACAGCCACAGCAGAAAGUGUUUCUCUUCUAGUGGGCUUCUCAGCAGGCCAGGUCCAACUUAUAGACCCUAUUAAAAAAGAAACUAGCAAAUUAUUUAACGAGGAAAGACUAAUAGACAAGUCCAGAGUAACCUGUGUAAAAUGGGUACCAGGUUCGGAAAGCCUUUUCCUAGUAGCUCAUUCCAGUGGCAAUAUGUACUUAUAUAACGUGGAGCACACUUGUGGUACCACAGCCCCGCACUACCAGCUACUUAAACAAGGAGAAAGUUUUGCAGUUCACACUUGCAAGAGUAAAUCCACAAGAAACCCUCUGCUUAAAUGGACAGUAGGUGAGGGUGCCCUGAAUGAAUUUGCCUUUUCCCCAGAUGGGAAAUUCUUGGCCUGUGUGAGCCAGGAUGGUUUUCUUCGUGUGUUUAACUUUGAUUCAGUGGAACUGCAUGGUACAAUGAAAAGCUACUUUGGAGGACUGCUGUGUGUGUGUUGGAGUCCUGACGGGAAAUACAUAGUGACAGGUGGAGAGGAUGACUUGGUAACAGUUUGGUCUUUUGUGGACUGUCGAGUAAUAGCGAGAGGCCAUGGACAUAAAUCGUGGGUCAGUGUUGUUGCAUUCGAUCCGUAUACCACUAGCGUAGAAGAGAGUGACCCGAUGGAAUUUAGCGGCAGUGAUGAGGAUUUCCAAGACCUUCAUUUUGGCAGAGAUCGAGCAAAUAGUACUCAAUCUAGGCUAUCCAAAAGGAACUCUACAGACAGUCGUCCAGUAAGUGUUACGUAUAGAUUUGGUUCGGUAGGCCAGGACACGCAGCUCUGUUUAUGGGAUCUUACAGAAGAUAUCCUCUUCCCCCACCAACCUCUCUCAAGAGCAAGGACACAUACAAAUGUCAUGAAUGCCACAAGUCCACCCGCUGGAAGUGGUGGAACUAACCCAGGAAGUAAUGGAAACAGUAUCACAACACCUGGAAACUCUGUACCCCCUCCUCUUCCACGGUCAAACAGCCUUCCACAUUCUGCAGUCUCAAAUGCUGGCAGUAAAAGCAGUGUCAUGGAUGGUGCCAUUGCUUCUGGUGUUAGUAAAUUUGCAACCUUAUCGCUACAUGAUCGGAAGGAAAGACACCAUGAAAAAGAUCACAAGAGAAAUCAUAGCAUGGGACAUAUAUCUAGCAAGAGCAGUGACAAACUGAACCUAGUUACUAAAACCAAAACGGACCCAGCUAAAACUUUGGGAACACCUCUCUGUCCCAGAAUGGAAGAUGUUCCCUUGUUAGAGCCUCUUAUCUGUAAAAAGAUAGCACAUGAAAGACUGACUGUGUUAAUUUUUCUUGAAGACUGUAUAGUCACUGCUUGUCAGGAGGGAUUUAUUUGCACAUGGGCAAGGCCUGGUAAAGUGAGAUAAAGUAUGCAGUACCAAAAAUCAGGAUUUAUGUAUUGGCCAAUAUGGAAAACUUUAAUGACAGGUAAGUAACUUUCAUGCUAAAGUUAUCACUUUCAAAAUUAAUAUAUUGCACACUGAUGUAAAUGCCAUAUUGUUUAGGAAGUAUUUACUUAGAAAUUUUCAAAUGAAUUUGUUUUUCUGAUAUCACUUGCAUUUCUAGUGAGCUCACUCUGCUGGUAAAAACUAAAUUUUGAUGGCAUGUUUACAGGGGUUUGAUAGGAAAAUAUUUGUGCCAGAAGGACGUUAUGAGCAUUCUUUUUGUUUAUAGGAAAGCACUUAACUUUAUUUAAUGAGAAUUGUCAAAGUAUAAAACACUCAUGGUAAUGUCUUUCUUACUGGGUUAUAUACCAUUCAUUUCUGUUUUGCCAACUGUUAUAUCCUAGGCCAUCCCAUUGCUCUAGGGUUUAAAGCUGCUAUUUCUAGUAUUUCUAGUCUUCCUUUUGAAAUAUUGGGUCCCCAAGUGAUCUUAAAACUCAGUCACUUUUUUUUGUCUGCCAACUCUAGAGUGAAAGCCUCUAAAUCUUGCUGCUUCUUCCAUCACUGCCUCAAAAGGCCUUCAUUAAAUUCAUGGCACUGCCAGCCUAAAGAAAGAAUUGGAUGGAAAACGGAAAUAGAUUUGCAGUGUUUAAUGUAAUUUCCAUUGAGCCAGUGCUACAUUUCCCUCAUUUUUAAUAGUCAUCAAAAGACGUGCCGGAUAAUUGGACAAUGCACGACAAGGUCUCUGAUUUUUUUCUGGUUGGACUGGUGCUGCCCUUAGUGGAAAAAAUCCAGAAAUGUCUCUUCAGCCAAGAUCCUUAUGAUAGCUGAUAGGCUGUACUGUGCUUACAGAGGGUCCUGCCAGUUUGUUUACAAACUUUACAAAUUAUUACUUGGAGCGUAUACAUAAUCAUACCUUGAGCUUCCUCACUGGAUAUACUAUCCUUACAUUAUACUUCCAGAACUGUUGUACUAUCUCCUGAUCAGAGUGAGGUCAAGUGAAUGGAAAAAUCAAUAAGAAACAAGUUGAACGAGGCUUAGAAUACCUUAAAAUAUUUUUUUUUAUGAUCAUUUUGUUAGCCUGUUUGUAAGACAAAAAGUUCAGGGUAGUGAGAAAAGUAGAUUGCCUUAACAAGAGUAUGGACUUCUUAAUCAACAUGGUGACAAUUAGCUGUCUCCUUUUCCCCUUCUUGCCCAGCCCCAAUGGAAAGCGUAAAUGGGAUUGUAGAACUGUUGUAUUAAUCCUAAACUGCAGGAGUAAAACAUCUUAAAGGAACCAAGGUAAACUGUGUGUUAUCUUUAUAGCUACUUCAAACUGAACUAUAGGAACUGCAGAAGCAGAAACACUAUUGAAAGAAAAAAAAAGUGGUACAGUGGUACCUGCAUAUGCAAAGUAGGUUUUCUCUGAAUUUAAUGGUCAGAGAAAUGAUCUAUAUGAUUUGUGUCUGACUUAGGGAUUAAUUUUUCAUCUUGUACAGUGACUCCAUUUUAUCUAAAUGAAAGCUGCUGAUUAGUUGCUUCCUUUGUCAGAAAGCUCAAGGUAAGAUUGGACAGAGUUAUGAACAGGUGAAAUGGCAGUGUAUAACCUAGCAAGACAAACAUGUUACCAUUUUGUAAAACAAAUGCACAUGGAAUUUAUUUAUUUGACUUAUUGUACAGGAAAAUUUAGACUUAAAUUAUAACAUCCUUGAAUUUUCUAGUUAACUACAAUUGUAGUACAGUAUCAUGUUUUAGUAUGAUUUCUGUUUUAGUAAAAGUACUUAAACAUUCAUGUACUAUAUUUGAGUGAGAUGAGCAGCUAUACAUACUAAUUCUUCCUCAAUGGAAAGGAGCAUUUCAUCAUUACAAUUGAAGUUCAAUUGCUGGUAUUUAAGUACUAUCAAAUAGAUUUCUUUCAACGUGAUACGGUAUCUGUAUAAACUUCAGGGAUGAUUAUAGUAAAACUGAAACACAGCUAUAUGACUUCAGGUUACCAUGCUGAAAUUUGAAGCUUUCUGUAAUGUGCAUAAUAGCAAAGUUGCACAUAGCAUACCCGCAUUAUCAGGGUGAAUUUAAACCUAGUACACUGGUGUGAUAUUUAUAGCAAGGUCUGUAUGUGUGUUUGCGCGUGUGCGUGUGUGAGGAGGUGUGACUAGUGGCUCCAGUAAAGCCAGGAAAGAUCAUAACCCUGUAAAGGCUUUAUGAUGAGGAUGUCUGGAUUAGGAAAUAACAUGACUUUUACUAAACACCUUUUAGAAAACCCAUGUUCUGAAUUAUCACCUCUUACAAUUUGGUUAUGUACUUGGAAUGACUGUAUAUGUCUGCCCCUUUAACAAUAUAAAGCUUCUAAAUUAAUAUUAAAAAUGCUGGCCUGCUUAUGUUACAAUAUUAAAUUUUGUGUCAGUUAAUUUACUGUCAAUUUACAUGUAAAAAUUAAACAAUUUUUUUCUGCAUUUUAUGAAUUCUGUAUACUGGAGUUUGUUAAAGAUUGACAUGUUAGGUGAUACUGUACAAAAUUGUAUUGACUACCUUUAGUGAAAAUCAAAAGUAAAAUUCAUAUGUAUUUCCUUUUUACACUUCCAUCUAAUUUCUUGACAACUUGAAUAAAUUUCAUAGAGCCUUUCUAACAUGAACUAUUGUUAAUUUAACUGUUGCAAUAAUUAAGCUUUAAGAAGUAUUGUUGGUAUAUUUAUAAUUUUAAGAAAAUCAUGUUUGUUUCAUACUGCUUAUUUUUAGCUGUUCUAUUGUCACUGUUACAGCUGAAGAACUUUACUAAAUACUUGACAUUACAAAAUAACUUGCUGGGGUUGUCCUCUGUAUACUGAUGUUAAAUAAAAAUGUGUGAUUGAACUGUAAAUGCAGAUAACUUUCAAUAGUCCUUUUCCACAUUGAGUUUUAAUUUAUCUUGCAGUCCUUAGGUGGUCUUUUGCUAUCAUACUGUGCUGAGCAAAUGGCCACAAUGAAAACUGUUAACUUGCCGCAUUUUGAAGUAAGAAGUUGAUCGCAUCCUGUAACCUGCUCUGAGUAAAUGUUUCACUUCAACUCAAGAUAAUACAUACAUUUUUGAUGUUUAAAUCUUGCUGAUAAGGUCAUGUCUUCUGAUAUUUUUCUACGACUAGAGUAAUAUGAAAUAGAAUAUUUAUUUUAAAAAAUCAAAUUUGUUUAAACUCAGAUUCAGUAAAACACAGACAUGGAUGCGUCUAGAUUCACUCAGCGUAGCCGUCAGAUACGAGCUGGGGCUGAGUGUUUUCUGUUCCUUCUAGGACUCUACAGGAGCUCUUUCCUCUAUGGACUCUGGUGCAGGAUAUGUUGUUUAUUCCAGCUUUAGGCAUUGCCAUUCACCUAAGGUUGCUGAAUUUACAGCCCAGAGGAUAUGGCUCGCUUGGAUGAUUCAAGUGUUUUCAGUCUAGAAAAGCUUUGGCUAGUCUAGAACUUCACUCAUCUGAACCAGAACCAAACCAGUCUAAACCUUUGGCUACAACGUUUCUUGGGACCAAUUUAGGCAAAGAAAAAGAAGUUGCACUUCUAUCUGAGCAAACUUCGCCCUUGCCGCAGCAGUACUGUGUGCUGAAGGAACCAAACAAGUGACACUUCAGUGUUUCAGAGGCACUUCUGAGAAAUUUCAGUGAAAGAGUUAUUUACUUUGAGUCCGGUUUCAAGGUAGGACUCUGUCUCUUAGGGAAAAAUCCUCCGUAGACUAAACCGAGGAAAUAAUCUGUUUUAUAUGAACUUGAGAAUAUUUGAUACUUCAGGAGGUACUGAAUGACCACUGUGAUGGUCUCCAUGUAAUAUAUUUAAGAAUAUACAGGAUCCAAUGGACGAACAAAAUAAAAUCUGUCCUGAAAGCUUGUGUGAACAGCUGAUUACAUCAAAUGAUGCAAGAACUGGUUGUACAAACCAGUUUCUCAAGAGUCAGCAUGAGCAUGAAGCUUAACCAUCUUCCACACCUUCUGCAGUCGUAGAAGAUGACAAAAGAUGUCCCGGAAGAUGGAAAUGUCUUCUUGCUUGCCUUUCAUAGCAUUGCACAAACUUCUCAAGGAAAUAACUUGUUUGAUCACCUUAUUUUCUGUAUUUAAAGUUGGAUUUUAGAUAGGUGCCAAUCAACUUCAUUUUGAUCACUUCUUCUCAUUCUGUGAUCAUGCUUAUUUUACAGCUACCCAAAAUGGAGUUGCCUGAAGUCAUCUACUUCUUACCCAGCGUUACUCCUGGUUCAUUUCCAUUUCGUUAUUUCCUAAUCUGAAAAGUUUAGACCUUACCAUAGAAUGAAGAGGCUAGAGAAACUGUUCCUAACCAUGUGAGCCUGUACUACCUAAAUGAACCUAAAGUUCCUAUUGUCUGAGUCAAAUCCGGCUUCUGCUGGUAAAGCCUUCUGUGCUUUUCCCAGUGCACACUUAGUUACAUCUUAUUUUUUUCUCCUCUUGGAGAUGCUUAUCUUCUACUACCACUCUAAAACUAGUCUUGAAGUAAUCUUACCUAGUAUUGUUACAGGUAAGAUUUAUUUUAACUAGUCUGCUAGUUUUCUAGUAGCCUUGGCUUUCUUUCUGUUGACCAUGAGCAACAAAGAGUGAUUUGUCAAGAGGUGAUACACCUCUGUUAGAAGAAAAACUCCUUAUGUAUACAGAAGUGAAGUUGCAAGAGCAGUCUCCCUGUUGCUCCUACAUGCUUUUACAAGAUCUAAUAUGUCAAAUGGUUUAAGAAUUUACUUUUCUGUAACUACUAAAAAUAAUAAAUCCAACCAAAGACAAAUAAUGCAUUUAAAACUACAUAAAGUGAACAGAGACUAUGUAGAGAUAGGUAUUGGCUUGGCUCUAUCCCUCUGAAUCAAUACAGAGCAUUCCUCUAUAGUAUGUUUUGUUAAUGUUCAGCAGGCACUUCCUUGAAUGGUCUCAAUUUUGACUCCGUUUCACUGAUUUACUAUCUGAUUUAAUAAAUAUAUGUAGUUCAAAGACUUAGGCUAAUAAAUGCUGACUCAUCUGGACAAGAAACAUGGACAUUUUGUUCAUACAAAUCUUAAUCCAAUUAAGCUCAUUCGACUGCAGGAUUUUAAAUGUGAACAGUCUCAUUCUGUUUGAGUAUAUUAUUGCUCAGAUACUGCGCUGGACUGGGGGCUCUUUUGUCAAGCAAGGGUCUCAGUCCAGAUAACUAUCUUCAAGUGACUCCAAGGAUAUCAGAAUUUUGAACAAGAAUAAACUGCAUGUGGAAUACUCUUAACAAUAAAUGCAAUUAUUAUUUCAAUAGCAGUAAUGGCUUAACAAAUCAAUGCCAUGUUUGCAUUGGCAUUUGUUAGGUCAGCUGGUGCUGGUGUAAUUGCAUUAGUGAAGUGUACUGUGAGACCUUUUAGCCUGUAUCUGCCUAAAAGGAUUUUGUAAUACCUGUUGUAUUUGUUACAGUGGACUAUUUGCUUUUUUUUUCUACUUUCCAAUUUCAAAACAGCAGGAAAGCCAGGCAGAAUUCUGGCUUCCAGCACGUUACUGAGGCAGCUGCUCUGUUUUACUGUCCAGGGCGAGCACCGAGUGCGUGCCAAGAGAGCUGUGAAUUAGCACAUAAGCAGUAACUUUACAGUAACCUGCCCACAUGUCCAAACUUGCAGUUUAAUAUCUGGAUUAGCGAAAUCUUUGUCUCCAAUCAGUUCUGUUCUAAUUUAAACAAAGAAAAUAUGAACUCUAGUUACUGGUGGCUUUUAUUCUAAGCAGCAGUGUUUUCCUGGCUCAUUUUUUAAAUGCAGCAGUUAUGUCCUGAUCUCUCACACACUUAGUUUCUGUUGGGAAACUUUGUUUCAUAUUAUUGCCUGGGGAAUAAAACAAACUUUGUGCAUAUGUGGAACUUCGUGAAAAACAAACCCGUGCCAUCUCGUGCAGGAGGGCAGGUCCUAGUGCUGCUGCAGGUCUUUCUGAACAGACCAUGGGUAUGACUGCUCUGCAACUUGGAUGGGAGUCAUCUUACCUAUUGUAUUUGUUACAGCUGCUUCUGCCUGCCAGUAUGUCUUAAAGUUUUUACUAAAUAUGCAAAGUCCCGUGUGUUUUGGGAAGUCAGAGAAUGCAGAGAUUAGCAUGGUGCAGCAGCUUGCCCUAGCAACAAUGCUGAAACAAUGUGUUUAAUAGGCUUUCAUUGCUAAUUGACAUAAGGCAAAUGAUAGUCCUCCACCAGAGAAGCGUGUUCAAACAGUAUUUGAACUGCAGAGUAUGCUGUUGAGAUGGCAGAUGAUGCAACGCUGACUUGGGGGGCUCUUGCUGAGGUGGUGAUGAAGGUUGCUUUAUCAGAUUCCUGACUUGGAUCUCAUAACUGCUCCAUUCCCAACCCCUACUAGAGCCACAUGCUGCCAAAAUAAUACUGCUAAUAAAAGGCUAUGUUUGUUUACAAAACUUUUGAACAGUCUUUUAAUUUGUCCCUGCUGCAAGCUCAGUGUGGUGCCUGUUCUUAAACUUUAAGCUGAUGUAUGGCAUGCGACGUACAGCACAGCAGAUCUGGAGCUGUCGUAUCGCAGUUCUUCAUGAUUUCUGUCACUGCUGUUAAACUGUGCAGCUUUGCACUGAGUUACUGCAGGUUUUGUUCCAUUCUUUAGCACCUGGGCGGUUUAGCCACAGAAGGCACUGAGGGCUAACUUCAUUAUCUUCUGUAUCCAUAGCGGAAUUUUCUAGACUUUUUUUUUUAAUAACUUUAUUCAUUGUAUUAUUCCCAGAGAACGUCAUUACAAGCGUUCUAGGCCCACACCCAGAUUACAGACCAGACUGUUACAUGGUAUUUUUUGUAUGAAAACUGAACUUUUUUUCAGCUGUCACAUGCUUUUCUAAAAUGGCUUUCCAGAACUUCCUAUGUUGUACUUAACUAACUUCUUAAUAACGGCAAAACUCCAUAGGAUCUUUCUUGUUACUGAGGACCCACCUAGAACUCUUACCCGAUUCUGUAAAACUUUUAUGCCUAGAUUUUUAUUCUUGCUUUUCUUAUAUGAACAUCUAAGGUCUUAGAUGUCAUCUUAUGAAGUUAAGUACUUGGAAGAACUUGCAGCAUUUCUGAUCUCUGUCACAGAAGUGAACUUCAGGGAUGGCCAUCUCAUUGUAGAUUGACCCAGCCUUAAGGUGCUGCUUCCUAAGUUUUUGGAAGCUUCUGCCUGCAGUAGCACGUGUUGAUCCUGAGAUUCUUUCUGCUUUAGUGUCCCUCUGCCCUGCCUGCCCAGAGUUGUAGUGUUAAUUUAGAACAAGGCUUGAAAUCUGAGUUCCUAGCAUCGCUCAGAGCCACCCGCAUGGUGCUUUGGCUUCCUAAAGCAGGAGGCAUUCAUGGUGUGGGAGAUGCAACCAGGACUGAGCAAAUCCUUGUUCCUAGUCGUGGAACUUAAAUUCCAGAGUUGCCAGUAGUUUUGGGGGAAUAAGGCUCCAAACUAGACAUCAGUAUGUGCUACCUGUUUCUAGAGGAGCUGUAGGAUGAAUGACUUGAUUUUGUUUGCCAACAACCAAUUGCAUUACCGUGUAAACGUGGUGGUAGAAUAGUGCUUAUUUUUCUCUGCUUAUAUAGCAUUAGUUAUGAUCCUGUUGAAAAAGGCUUCGUAUUACACCAUCCCUAGUACUUUUUGAAAAUAGUAGGAUAAAGCACAUUUGCAUAUGAACAGUUUGGAUUAUUGAUUUAUUAAAGACUGAAAAUAAGACCUUUGGGACAUCUUUUUUGAAGGUGUGUGAAACUUGCUUAGUGGAUGUAGUCUUCUUGCAAGAAAGACCUUCCAGUUGUUGCUGGAUUUAAUAGAUUUCUGAGGAACGCUUCAGUAAACAGAGUUCUGUUUUGUCUUCAUCUCUUUGAAACAAAGCUUUCUUGGUAAACAUUUUCAGAAGUGCUUCAUUUCAGUAGCUUGUUUUCUCUAAAACUCUGCCUUUUUGCUAUUCCUUAACUAAUAACAAUGAAACUUUCUUCUCUUCUUGUUAAGUAUGCAGCAUCUUUGCAAAGCCUGAAUGACACAGAGGUUUGAAGACCAACCCAUUUCCGUCUACCUCAACGGUGUUUGAAUCAGAUAUUCACAAGAUAUUAAUAAGUGCUGCAUACAUUUAUUAUGUAUAAAUGUAUUUAAAAGUGUAUACAUACACACGUGCCCACACACUUUGCUAUAAAUCCUACACAUGUAUUUGGAUUUGUGUGUUGGAAUUGGUGGAAUACAUGUGGGGUUUUCUUUUUUUUUUCCCUUUUUUUAAUAAAUAAUAAUAAAAAAAAGGUUAUGGUUUUAGUAGAAACUUGAUGACUUGAAUCCAGCCAAUCCAGACCUCCUUCCACCUCUUUGUCUAUGGUCAGGGUUUUCUUCCAUCAGUAGUGACUUUUCAGUUCUGGGAUCCAAGCAAGAAAGAGCUCCUGUAGAUUCUGAAGAUGUGUGCAUUCUGCAUUGUGUGUUAGUUGCUGCCUGAACUUGUCUGGUUUGAUGGAUCUGAGUCACAGGAUCUUAAUUUUGAGGUAAGAAAUUAAGCUGGUAGCUAUUUAGAGGAAUUGCUAAAAGUGCAUUUGCCGUGCCUGCAUAGUAAGAGUCGCUCAGUGAUACUCAUUGGUGAUACUCAUAAGCUUCCAGCUUAGCUGCCGUGGUGGUGCAAGUCUGCUGGCAGUUGUUAUAACAGUGACAUUGCAAGAAGAUGAAAUUGCAUUUUGAUAUUAAGCUUUUCCUAUAUAAGUCUGGCAUACAGGUUUUUUUAUGUGAAUAAUUAAAAAUGGGCUACUAUACAUAAAUCAAAACUGGGAUCUGUCGCCUACAGUAUAGUUGCCUUAAUAUGGAAGCGCAACCCGUGUCUAGCUCGGGGUGCCGCACAGUAGCAGCAUUAUGCUUGACAUAAAGUAAGUCUCCAUUUAUUGGAAUGGUAAUGCAGUUUAAAGAAAAAAAAAUCCUGAAUGCAAGCUUAAAUUGUAAUGGGAAACUUCUACUGAACUCCUACUUCCUGUUUCAUUCUCCUUUACAAUUACCAAACUAAGUAUUUGGUUAGAUAAUCUAUUUUUCUAUUUAAAGCUUGUAAUAUUCAGUGGCAUAUAAGAGAUUGAGCAUUUCCCUGUAUCAGGUUAGUUGUCAAACUUGUUGAUAUUGAAAUAGGUUUGUUUGUUGCUACCCUAAUAAAAUGAUGAUCCCUU